AUGGUUGAAGCAGCGGCCCAAUACCAUAGUCAUUCUUUCCCUGUUUCCACUCCUGCUUCUCCUCCCUCCUCCUCUGUGGCUGCCUCUGUGCCCACCUCUUUUCCUGUGUCCGUGCCCGCGUAUGUGCCCGCGUUCGUUUGCUCCUCUGCUGCGGCCAUGCCUUCCCUUGCCGCGUUUUCUUUUGCCGUGCCUGCUCACGUUUCUGUCCUUGCUUCUGCUCCUGCUGGUGUUCUUUUCGGCCAGCCGUCGAUGGACCAACAAGAUCAGCGUUUCUUCGAAGAAGAAACAAAAGAAGAAUACAUCGACGAUCCCAAUUGA